CGCGGACCCCCGAGGGCGCACUGCCGGUCUCGGGUCUGGCCGCCGUGCCCCGCCGACGCCCUCCCGGGGGUCUCGGGCCGCCACACCGCGUCCCGGCGGCGGCGGGAGGGGCCGGGGCGGCUGCCAGCGUGACGCAGCCGUUGCCAUGGGCCGCCUUUAUAAAUAACCGGGCUCAGGAGAAACUUUAGCGAGUCAGAGCCGCGCACGGGACCGGGAAGAGGACCCACGCGAGGGUCCAGCCGUCAGCCCCCGCACUAGUAGCGGCCACCCCGGCGGCAGCGGCAGCAGCAGCAGCGACACAGCGGCGACAGUCCGGAGCCAGGAGGCCGCGCCACCUGCGGGCCGGCCGGAGCGGGCAGCUCCAGGCCCCCUCCCCGGGCACCCGCGUUCAUGCAACGCCUGGUGGCCUGGGACCCAGCAUGUCUGCCCCUGCCGCCGCCGCCUGCCUUUAAAUCCAUGGAAGUGGCCAACUUCUACUACGAGGCGGACUGCUUGGCUGCUGCGUACGCCGGCAAGGCGGCCCCCGCGGCGCCCCCCGCGGCCAGACCCGGGCCGCGCCCCCCCGCCGGCGAGCUGGGUAGCAUCGGCGACCACGAGCGCGCCAUCGACUUCAGCCCGUACCUGGAGCCGCUGGGCGCGCCGCAGGCCCCGGCGCCGGCCACCGCCACGGACACCUUUGAGGCGGCUCCGCCCGCGCCCGCCCCCGCGCCCGCCUCCUCCGGGCAGCACCACGACUUCCUCUCCGACCUCUUCUCCGACGACUACGGGGGCAAGAACUGCAAGAAGGCGUCCGAGUACGGCUACGUGAGCCUGGGGCGCCUGGGGGCCGCUAAGGGCGCGCUGCACCCCGGCUGCUUCGCGCCGCUGCACCCGCCGCCCCCGCCGCCGCCGCCGCAGCCCGCCGAGCUCAAGGCGGAGCCGGGCUUCGAGCCCGCGGACUGCAAGCGGAAGGAGGAGGCCGGAGCGCCGGGCGGCGGUGCCGCAGGCAUGGCGGCUGGCUUCCCGUACGCGCUGCGCGCCUACCUCGGCUACCAGGCGGUGCCGAGCGGCAGCAGCGGGAGCCUGUCCACGUCCUCGUCAUCCAGCCCGCCCGGCACGCCGAGCCCCGCCGACGCCAAGGCGCCCCCGGCCGCCUGCUAUGCGGGGGCGGCGCCGGCGCCCUCGCAGGUCAAGAGCAAGGCCAAGAAGACGGUGGACAAGCACAGCGACGAGUACAAGAUCCGGCGCGAGCGCAACAACAUCGCGGUGCGCAAGAGCCGCGACAAGGCCAAGAUGCGCAACCUGGAGACGCAGCACAAGGUCCUGGAGCUCACGGCCGAGAACGAGCGGCUGCAGAAGAAGGUGGAGCAGCUGUCGCGCGAGCUCAGCACCCUGCGGAACUUGUUCAAGCAGCUGCCCGAGCCCCUGCUCGCCUCCUCCGGCCACUGCUAGCGCGGCCCCCGCGCGCGUCCCCCUGCCGGCCGGCCUCCGCGCUGCUGGGCGCGCCGCGGCCGCGGAGACUCCGGGAAGCGCCCGCGCCCGCGCUCCCGCCCCCGCCCCUGGUGGCGCCGGCAAAACUUUGGCACCGGGGCACUCGGCAGCGCGGGGAGCUCGCGGGUAAUUUUAAUAUUUUAUUAUCUAUAUCUAUAUCUAUAUUUUUGUCCAAACCAACCGCACAUGCAGAUGGGGCGCCCGCCCGUGGUGUUAUUUAAAGAAGAAAUGUCUAUGUGUACAGAUGAAUGAUAAACUCUCUGCGUCCCCCUCUGCCUCCUGUGCCGGCGCCGGCGGGCGGGCCGGUUUCGAAGUUGAUGCAAUCGGUUUAAACAUGGCUGAACGCGUGUGUACACGGGACUGACGCAACCCACGUGUAACUGUCAGCCGGGCCCUGAGUAAUCGCUUAAAGAUGUUCCUACGGGGUUGUUGCUGUUGCUGUUGUGUUGUUGUUGUUUUUUGGUCUUUUUUUUUUUUUUUUGUAUUAUAAAAAAUUAUCUAUUUCUAUGAGAAAAGAGGCGUCUGUAUAUUUGGAAAUCUUUUCCGUUUCAAGCAUUAAGAACACUUUUAAUAAACUUUUUUUUUUUUUGAGAA